AUUACCACCUUUUGAAAUUCUACUACACUCUAGCACAGAGAGUGUGGGGACUAGUAUCUCUUUACAGUUUGGGUUUGGCCCUCUCUACAUCUAGUGGACAGUAGAGAGAAGAAAGAAAUCCUCGGACGCAAGUCCGUAGAAGCUUGGUUGAGAUUACAUUAUGAGUGUAACCUCACAAUACAGCGCCCAGUCGCCAUCCAGUACACAAUAGCAAGGUUUCGGUUCAGGAAAAUUGCAUCCCGAUAGAGAUGCCGGCCACGAAUUGCACGAAUCAACAACAUGGCAGUGCUUUGUACCAACAAACGGCGUCUUCGAGACCACAUAAGGGAAUGUCUGACAUUACAUGCUUUCGAGGGCCCGUUAACGGACAAUCAGCUCCGGCGUCAUGUUGAUACCAUAACAGACACCCUUUCAGAAAGAGGCUUCGAAAACUGUCAACUGGGAAACCUCGCAUCACCACAGCGCCAAUCAGACUACUCCGCUGAACACACCUUCUUGGUUGGAGUCAUCACGUAUCAGCCUGUGACAGCUAAGCUGGACAACCUAGUUGGCGAUUUAUUCCUUGAAGACUGUACUGGUGCUCUUCCCCUUGAACUGGCCAUCUACGACCCUUUCAAUAUACUUCACCAGCAGAAGGUUUCCGGCCUCUCGCAUGUUGUAGUAGUGAAGCAAGCGUGUGGUCGCGAAGCCCUCCAGGCAAGAUGUCCGAAGAGUAUAGUACUGUUUGAGGGCGGCGACCAAGUACACUGGCGAUCUUUCCUGCACAUUGGUAAGGUGUGUCUGGUGACAUGCUUGCAGAGAAAGCGGCUGUAUGAACUUCCUAUCCUUGAAGCACAGUCGGCCAAAGAGCUAUUUCUGCAGCGGACAGGGACUGUGGUGCUAAGCGGAUUACUGUAUCCCGCAUUGGAAACCUACGAACCUUAUUCGAGUGGCCGACAUGGACCACAUGACUGCUCACCGGACGAAUGCCUCAACCAUGGAGAGGUUCCCACCGUAUCAUAUCUAGGCCAAAUCUCUCACAGCGAGAGUAUGUCGCAUCGGAUAUACUCUCUCGACCACGGCAAACUUUACCUGUUCUUGACCCAUCAAGAAGCCACCAAAUAUGGCCGCGGCUUCCGCGUAGGCGCAAGCGUGAAGGUACACAAUGCACAUCCCAUUUUUGACGCCACAUCGCGGGAUACGCGGACUCUGGUGGGAUUGGCGUGUUGCUCGUACAGCUCUGUGGUAGUGUGUACAUAUUCCGAUAUCCCAGAUGCGCCGUUUGUGCCGACUCUACCGCAGCGCGACUCUUUCUCAGCAUUUCCGAUGAUUUCGUCGGUGAGGGAUUACCUUUGGGCAUUUCGGGCAUCCUUAGUGCUUUCGUUAAAAUUCCAGGGCAUUUUCAGGGUUAAAGGAUGCUCAUUUGAAGGUCUUCGUAUUCCCAACACAAACGAUGAACCGUAUCUCUCGGCAGAUAUCAUUGCGUCCAAUGAUAUACGGAGAGUGAUCGACUGGUUCAUGCGCCUGCCUCCAAGUACCCGAGCUCGUCUUCUAGGCCUUGUAAACAAGCUACUGAAGGCUACGAAAGCUACAACCAAUACUGAAGAGGUAGAUGCAAAUAAAUUUGCCGCGUAUCCAAAUGGGGUUGAUUCCGAAGAGGAAGACAUUGGGGGAGUUGCAGAAAGUACUAGCAGUGCUCAAAAGGUCUACCAAGAAUUUAUCAACCAUAAUACUCGUGGGGCGUGCACACUCAUGCGACUGCCUUCUACGCCGAUGCCAAGUAUCCGCUUCAUUAGAGAAGUCUGCAGUGUGCGUGUCUUGCAAACGAAUGCGAUGGUGGAUGUAUCAGAUCCUAACGGGGACAGUGGCCGAUACCGGAUAUACAGGUCGGAGCAGAUAUUCAACACGCUGGAAGCUUCCUCUGUGGCCAGCGGUUUCGUAGGGAAAGAUAAUAGUGUGCUAGUCUACUAUCUACGAUACUCAUCCAGUUUGCGAUGUCUGAAGAUGAGCGAUUGUGAUAAGGAUGCGAUCGACGUCAUUGUGCCUGGGUUAGAGCCCGAAUCACUUCGGUGUCUUUUCGCGCUCAGAAAGUUUUACCUGGUCAUUGAAGACCUGCCUGAGGAUAGUCGUGGUGUGGCGGACGUAUUAAAAUACAUCUACGCGGCAAAGGAGGAUGUCCUGCAGUUGACUAAAUCCGGAAAACGUAAAGUCCCGAGUGCAACGGCGGACAGAGAACGACCCAUCACUGGUAAACAAAGAGUUGUGAGCAAUGGUCGUAUACCAAUCGAUGCCGAGAUCAUGAUCCUGAAUAAGCAUGAAACAAGUAAGGUGCUGGGCUCUUGCGAGUCGUACGCUACCGCCGUGGUUCUACACUCCAACAUAACCGCAACUUCACAAACCGCGCACCGCAACCAAGGGCGUGGUCGAGGCCGUGGAAGGCCCGCAGGCCUGAACCCCCCCGUGACAGUACAGCUUACCUUACUAGGCAAGGGUGAGGAAAACUUUCCCUUUUUGGUUCCAAGGAAGCACUAUCGUCUAACCAAUGCGCGGACGAAUGCGAUUUUGCCGAGCGGAGAUUCGUGGGUUAUUGAUGAUUUCACGGUGGUUGAGUCGAUGCAUAGAGAGUGCGUAUCUCACACUGCGACUGACCGGGAUAGUGGGAUGGUGCGGUUGAGCGAUACUGUACUCUCCCAUCUUGAUGAAUUGUAUGAUGUCCGGCACCUACUGAAUGCGUCCACGCGAUUGGCUGACUUCGUAUCCGUGCGCGGGAUAGUAAAAGAACGCAUCUUCGUCGCCGCGGAAGAUCCGAAUGACACAUCCGAGACUGUCAAAGUAAGGCUGGCGGACAUAGCCAGCCCUCUAGAGGUGAUGGAUGUCUACGUUUCCCUGCAAACCGGGCGCAAAAAAAUAUUGAUGGGCCUGAUACCAGGGUCGACUGUGUGCUUCGAGCGUGUCCAUGCCCGUGUUUCGCGGAAGGGCAAUCUGUACGCCCACUUCAAAGCCCUGAGCAACAUCACUGUCCAGGCGUUGCCGGUAGCUGAUACACACUCACCGAAUGGGGAUGCACAAGGGGCCAUUGCGGAUCAAGUCACUCAGAAGGGUGUCAUACACUACGGUGUUGACCCUCGCACUGGAAAAAAUAGUAUCUUACCGCAAAUACAGCCUGCUGUGAACUACGGCGACUAUGACAAAUGGCUAUUGAAGGACUUCCUUCUGUCUUCUGGUCCUACCGGGACAUCGAACGAGCCCUCUGACAGUUACCAGCACGCAAGUAGGGUAAAAAAAGCCGUAAAUGUGCAGAAUCGUCCGCAUCUUGUUUGGUGUUUCAUCAACACAAUACAGCACAUCAAGCUCACGCAUGGUUGCGUAACGUGUGGGCAAACCAUGCGGAUUACAUGCCUGGUGUGCCAAGAGAAUCAUCCCGGUCGGGAAGGUGACAAAGGACUUUUGCGUUGUAGUGCGCGAGUUUUUGUCGAAGAUGGAACUUCGGAGGCUGUGGUGUUGUUUGACGAUCCAUAUGAUAUUUUCAACCAUGUGCUCCGACUGAGUACUGCACAGCAAAGUGAAAUUAUGAACUUGACGAGGAAGCGUGGAUCAUUGGAGCUGUUCGCCAAAGAUCUCAACAGCGUGCCGAACGAAACAAACAAGGGUAAUAGGGAUUCACACUUCUGGAAUGGCAGGGAACAUGCGAAGGAGGCAAGAAGUAUCUUAGGAGAUCUCAAACGAGUCCACAGACAUAUAACCUUACUAUGUGUGCUAGUGUCCUCCCACCGUGACAGCUCUGAGAAAGAUCAGCUCACAACGAAUUAUGUCCCGUAUGACGUUCUUCUAUGCGAUGAGGCUGAAAAUAGCAUAGGAAAGGAUUCGGAGUCGAAAACCGAACCGCAAAUGAAUUAUGAUUUGAAGAAAAUUUACAUUGCGAAGGAUGUCUAUAUCGACACGCGCAAAGGCGCACAGCUAGUUCUAAGGCCGUUGGGUGUGCAUCAGACGAGUGCAACAAACGAAUUGAGAAGUAUCAUGAACGACCUGGUUAACUCGGGUUCAAACCCUUGCUAG